AUGCUUGGUAUGAAAUUUUUAUUGAAUUUUAUUUUGUGCAAUUUAAUUUUUUCUAAACCUCAAAUCAAUUUUCACUAUACAGAUGUAGAAAAUGAAAAUGAAAUUAGUAAUGGAUUACGAUAUCAUUGUUUACGUGUUACUUUGACUAAUGAAGUUGGUAUGAAACGUGAAUUUAAAACUUAUUAUUGUAUCGAUAACAAAAUUGAUGAAGAAAAUUGUUGGCAACUUGAAAUAAAUGAAUGUAAUGAUAAUGAAUAUCAAUGUACCAAUGGACAAUGUAUAUCAGUUUCAUUUUUUCGAGAUAACAUCUAUCCUCCGGAUUGUCUUGAUGGUUCUGACGAAUAUUACAGUUUUCCGAGUGAACCUUGCAAAUAUGAUCCAUUAGCAGAUUAUAGUCAAACAGAACGAAAACGACCAAAUAUGUACCAAUGUAUUAAUUCGACAAAAUGUAUCUCAAUAAAUCGUCUUAUGGACGAUAAGUUUGAUUGUCCUCAAAAAGAUGAUGAAGAUAUGAAGCAAAUGAACAACGUCAACUCAACAAAACUCUUAAAACACUUUUUUACAUGUGAAAUUUCUAACAAAUUUAUCCAUUUAAUGCUUGUUAAAGAUGGAUUUUGUGACUGUCAUCUUCAUAAUCCAGAAUGGUGUGAAUAUGACGAUUUUCAUAUAUAUACGACUAGAAUGAAUAUUUCAUUUCAAUAUACUUGUAAUGGAUAUACUAAUAUGCAUCCAAUACUCAUCGAAGGUAAAAAUGAAACAGACGAAACAGAAUGUGAACAAUGGCCAUGUAAUAAUAUUUAUACUCGUUGUGAUGGUCUUUGGUUUUGUCUGAAUGGUGCAGAUGAAGUAGGCUGUAAUUCAUAUUCAACAUUAAAUUGUUCAACAACUGAACACAUAUGCGUCUCAUCUUCUACCGAUCAACUCAUACCCAGUGAAAAAUAA